CUGGCUUUCAAGUCAAGAACACAAGCAGAUUUGCCCUUACGCGUCCUCAUACUUCGAAACCAUCCCUCCCCCAGCUACCAUUAUUCCUAAUCUCCAUUACUUUGUCUCACGAGCCAAGUCUACCGUCGACACAUCCCCUUAUUAUCCCUCCGGAUUUUGAGCUUUCGACAAGAUGGCGCCCUAUAGCAUGGUACUCCUUGGCGCCCUCUCAAUCCUUGGGUUUGGGGCUUAUGCUCAAGAGGCUGCGGUUGAGGAACCCCAGAUAUUUUUCAACUUGACCUACACGGAAUAUCUGGAUAAGGUGGCAGCAUCCCACGGGAGUUCCCAGACGAGUGAUUUGCCGUGGAAUGACACUAUGAGCGGCUUUCCUGGGAACGAGACGGGCAGCAGCCUAUCGAGGCGUGGUCGCAUUGUCAACCUUGGAAAGCGUGACCCUGUCGGCGGGGAGGCUCACAACAAUCGCGUCACCAAUGACAUGCUCCAGGCGCUUCAUGAUCUGUGUGUUGAAGCAUAUGGCACAGGCUGGCGAGCGAUUAGUGGGUCGUGUCAAGACCAGGCAACGAGGCGUAUCUAUUGUGGGAAUCCGAAUGUCGCUGGGUCCCGGCGGAUGACGACCAGAGCUUGCCCAAGCGGCCAGCAGUGCACCACUUUCGAGGCGGUCAAUUAUCGUAGCGUCCGGAAUAUUUUUCCUGUCUGUGGGCCCCGAAUUGAGGUGACGGAGAGACAUGAUAUAGGGAUUCACACGGAAUGGGACGGAAUCUGGUACCCUGAAUCGCCUAAAUCGCCUGGGACCUACGAUUCUUUCGCCCAGAUGGCGGGCAGUCUCAAUGGGUACUUCAACUUUGAUGGUGCUUAUUCGAAUGGAGAGGGGAUGAGCUCUCGGGGAAGUGGACACUCGUGGUCAUGCAUUGCUUGCCCGGGAGGCAAGCUGACUAUCACUAGCACAGAUCGCGCAACUUGGGCGAUUGGAUAUACCAGCCCCCACUAA